CAGAGAGAGAGACCUGCUAAUAAUACUGCAAUUGGACUGGGGCGGAGGGAAAGAAGCUGUCAUGCCCAGAGCUCCCUCCCUGGAAAGCCUGCAAGAACAGCUGGGCUGCCUGAGAAUGCCACGGGCAUGAAAAUGCUGGGAAUGAGUUUCUUGCAAAGUUUGACCUGGUUGCCUUUCUGAUGCUGCAGCAGAAACUGAAGCAGGGUUGUGUCCCCGCCACCGUCCAAGGGACUGAUCCACGGGAGAGGCUGAAAUACAAUUCAGAUACUGCCCCCCGAUUGAUUUCUUGCAAAAAGAGGAAGCUUGCAACAGCGGGGGAGAGGGGGGAGAUCGCUUCUGCUUUGCUCACCUUCCUAGACAUAAAGCAACCCCCCCCCCCACACACACGCGCAUACAGGUCUGGCUAGAAAAGCCUAGCAAACGGAUGCACGAAGAAGCUACUGUCCCGACACCAAGAAGCCUCCAGCAGCCGCAGCUCCGACGCGAUCUGAGCCUGUGAAUGACAUUGGUCCCAAGGGGGGGGGGUGCAUUGGUGAAAAUGCAAAGUUCCCCUAAGGUGCAGGAUGCUGUGAAGCGCUGAAGACAGAAGGAUCCGGAAGCACAGACUGGGGGAAAAGGCUGUUUUCUCUCUCUGGUCACACACAUGCGAAGGACACGCGCCCCAUGCCUGCAGAUGAGCCCCUGGGGGUGAGGGCGAGCCUGGUCCCCGGAGGCAGGCUGCCGAGACAUCUGAGGACACAGGCGGCGUGACAUGCGAUCCACUGCAGCAUCAAACUAAAAGCCCAGCGCUGGAAGAGGAGGAGGUGGGGUGGGGGGGGGGAAGCUGCGAAGCCACCGCCGAGCUCGUAUCCUGCCGGCUUCGCAUCCUUCCCCAGCCCAGGUGGCGGGGGAGUGGAGAUGUCACGGGCGGCGAUUGUUUGCUGCGGGCUGGGUCAGCGUGGCGGAUCGUGACCUAGGGGGAGAGCAGCCAGGAAGCAGCCGCCACCACCAGGAACAGCAGAGAAACUUUGACAAAACUUCUACAGAUCUCACAGCCGGCUCCUCCCCAUCCCACAGCCAGGUGCGGAGCGGAGAGGUGCAAGGACUAAACCCAGGCGAGGCAAAGCCGGGGGAAUGUGAUGCGUGACAAAGACCUGUGAUUUAUUAUUUAAGCUAUUACUUAAAAAAAAAAAAUCAGCAACACCCCUCUCUCUGACAUCUACAGAAGCCUCCAAAUCAGAGAUGUGGCUGAUUUAACAUUUUCCACCGUUAAUUUUUUUUUUUAAAUUACAGUACUAUUUUUCUUUGCAAAGGGAAGUUAUGAACAACUGCAAGUCCGGAAGUGAAAAUCUACAGGGGCUGUGACAAGAAGUAUUUUAUUAUUUAUAGAGAUGUGUCUAUCAGCAUUCUGCUUUUUCAUCCAAAGAAUAAAGGGAAAUGCCAGCUUCGCUGAUGUUUCAUGGUGAACAGAUGGCAUUCAAAAAGAGGAAGGACUAAAUAUCUCAUCUUUAAAAAAAGGAGAUGAUUAUUUAUUGAACUCAAGACUUUUUUUAAUCCAAAGAAUAUAUGAAUGAAAGAUUUCAUCUGUCAUUAACUGGAGAAUAAGAAAAGGCCCCUUUGCUUCUGAAGUGCAGCUAAAUCCAUAAAAGCAGCAGCGAUAAUACUGACAUUCAAAUAAAGACGUUAUAUGAUGAAUUUUCUAUCCUAUGGAUAUCAUUUUUGAGAUUACAAACCAGGAAGAUCUAUAUUUGAUCUAGCACCAUAUCAUUUCAAUGCCUAAUCUUCCCCAGGAUUGCUGGAGUGUCCUAGGAAUUGCACUGGUGUUGUAUGCCAUGGGCUGUAUUCAGAGUAUUAGCUGCAAAUCCAAAGUUUUCCGGGAAAGUAUUUCAGUGAUUGAGGUGAAAGCCUCCAUCGAUCCUGUUCCCACCAGCAUCGAUGAGUCGUCCAGCGUGGUUCUGCGAUACCGGACCCCUCACUUUCGAGCCUCUGCCCAGGUCUUGGUACCUCCUAUCCCCAAGAAAGAGACCUGGAUCGUGGGAUGGAUUCAAGCAUGUAGCCAUAUGGAGUUUUACAACCACUACGGAGAGCAGGGAAUGUCGAGUUGGGAGCUCCCGGACCUGCAAGAUGGCAAGAUACAGGCCAUAAGUGACUCGGACGGUGUGAACUACCCCUGGUACGGCAACACCACAGAAACCUGCAUGAUCGUGGGACCCACCAGGAAGGAAUCCAAGUUCAACAUCAGUAUGAAUGAUAACUUCUACCCAAGCGUCACGUGGGCGGUGCCUGUGAGCGAGAGCAACGUGGCAAAACUCACGAGCAUCUACCGGGAUCAAAGCUUCACCACCUGGUUGGUUGCCACCAACAUGGCCACCAGCGAGAUGGUGACCCUGCAGACUAUCAAGUGGCGUAUGAGGCUGGGCAUAGAGGUGAAUCCCAGCAGACCCUUGGGGCAGCGUGCUACGCUGCGGCAACCCUUUGCUCAAGAGCAGCCCCAGGUCCUUAGCAAGAAUGAGCCAAUACCACCCAGUGCCCUUGUGAAACCCAAUGCCAAUGAUGCUCAGGUACUCAUGUGGAGGCCAAAGGACGGGCCACCACUAGUGGUGAUCCCUUCAAAAUAUCGGUAAUAGCAACCUGGCAUCCCGGCACCAGAAGGGAAGAAAAUAACCCUGCACUUAGAUACUUUUAGAAUCUAAGCAAAAUUGAGAUGCACUUUUUAUUCAUUCAACAGAAAUGCAACCAUUCUACCUUCUCCCAUUGGGACGGAUCUCACUGUGCUAAAGCUAAAGAGGAGACCUUACCAGGGUCUGUCUCGUCACUUUGAUUCCUAAGCGAGGAAUCAGCAAACUAAACUUUAUUUCUAGCCCUGUAGCUUUCUUUUCUUCCUGACUUUAGUUAUUGUUUGAACUUCAGUCUCAUUAGCUCACCCAGAUUGUCCAGAACAAAAUAAGGUUUUUAUCUGGGAUUUUAUUAUGUUUGGUGGGAGGAAAGGGAUUUUUUUUUCUCUCCCCAGAAUGAAACUCAAGUUCCUGGAGCUAAACGCUGACUAUUUAUUUAUUAUUAUGGGGUUUUUUAAAAUGAUAAAAGGUUCUGAGUUGCAAACCUAAGUCAUGCGGCCUUAUGUAGACUUUGCUUUGCAUUGCCAAACUUUUGCCUUAACGCUGUGUUUGAAAGAAAAUUUAAUCUCACCAAGAAGAAUCUCUUUUCUACAGGAUUUUAGGGAGGGUCAGGGGAAGCGUUCUGGAGCAAGGGAUAGAUUGUCAGUGUAUCAAGGGAUGAGGAGGAAGGAAUGAGAAUGGAAGAAACCAGAUUAAAAAGAAAACCUUCCUGGUUUUAAACAUGGAACAAGAAAGCAUGGAAAUAAACCCAGCUCAAAACCAGUUGUUUUGCUGUAUGAGCAGAAACGGGACUAGUAUUGCACACAGUUGCAAUGCAAGUAACAAGUUUGUUAGAGAACCAUCUUUGGACAAGAGCUGCCAGGCCCCUCACUGCUCGAUAGAAGGGGUCGUCACAGCCUUGCAUUGCUUCAACUUUCUGAGCUGAGCUUGAGAAUACGGAACAAUCCAGACAGUGGUGGGAACGACUGGAGAUGUGGUACUCAAAAAGAAACACAAAUCAGGGGAGUCAUUUCCAUCUUGCUUGUCCUGAGGAGAUGACUUUCUCCUUCCAAACUAGCCCACUAUUAUUUCCCCCGAGGGCAUCGUGAGUGGUGGGUCACACACAAGCUGUAAUAUAUGUGGGGUCAAAUUCUGCCAUUGGUUACUCCCACGAAACCCCAAUUAAUUCAUAACAGGUGGGGUGAGAGGAGCAAGGUACAGCAGGACCCAUCUAAAAUCACUGGGGCUGCAUGGGUGUAAAUGAGGGCAGCUGUUGUCCACUGGAGUCUCUGACUCAGGAAGAAUUAUACCUGUGAAAAUAACAUGCACCCUUCCUAUUAACAGUGAAAACAAAAAAAGUCUCCUCUUACUAUAGCUUUAGUGCUCACCUGGGCUGAUGGAGAACCAGCCUCAUGGUCCCACCAGAUUCAGAUGGCUUUCAGUGAUAAGGGUUGUAGGUGAAGACACAGCUACAGAGAUAUGGUGGAAGCAUACAUGUGUAAGCAGGCGACCCCUAAUAAGGUGAAAAUAAUGCAAAAUUUGCAUCCUGCGGGGAGGAUGCUGCGGGAAGUCAUGUCUGUUUGGAACAUAAGUCAGGGCCCUAAGAAAUCAUUUGGUGGAUCUCCUGGGUGGCCUCAGAGACACCACCAGUAUUUCUCCAAAGACAGGAAGCAUGAAAAGGAGGCAGCUCAACUGAGACAUGUGUGGCUGAGGGGAGUUUAGAAAUGGAGGAACUUGUAUGGUGGAGGCAGCGUGAGCUGGAGAACAGGGCAGGGGCUGGGAGGAGGAGACCUACCUUCUGUUUUCAGCUCUUGUUGUAUGGCCUCAGGCAAGUCUCUUCACCGCUCCACUGCACCUGUAAAAUGGGGAUAGUGACACUUCCCCUUACCGAGGAAUUGCUUAGGGACUAAGAGUGCGCACAUGUUCUGUACCUGGCUGGUCCCUGCUCAGCUGGUCUCACCGGGACUCCCAAGACUCCCAUCUGGAUCUGCCGUUUCCCACGCUAUGCUCCAAGCAGCUCUGUCUCUCCCCCACACUCAUCGGCGAGCUGCUAGCAUUGCAGCCAGCCUCCAUGCACGCUCUUUAAAGAGUUCCCCAGCAAGACAGCCUUAUGGUAUACCAGGACCCUCCCUACUUUGUGUCCAACCCCUUUAUUUUGGCAGCAUGCUCAAAUGCCACCCUCCCGCCCAGGGACCAGAAGCCUCAAUGCCUGCUUCCAAGCCCCAGCAUCCCAUAUGACAGCACCUAUAGUCAUCCUCCACACCACCAGAGUCAGAGUUGAUCUAGGAGGAGGAGGAGGAGGAGAUCUAGAGAGGAUGAUGAAUCAUGCUUGAGAGACCUCGUGGUGUGCAUGGCGACUGCCUCCAUCAUUCUUAAGUUCCCCUUUCUUAGGUCUAAUCAGCUCCCAGCUACAGCUUGUACAGACUUGUACAGACCCUUGAGACUUAUCCAUAUCCUCUCCCAGGCAAUACCACGCCAUAGCAAAUCACUGACUACGGCAAAACCUCCUCCUGCUGUGUCCGGACUGGUGAUAGUUGGGAUGGGCCCAAGUGGUGAAGCUUGCAUCCAUUUCUCAGCAGCCCUAAAGUUUAGUGUGUGCGCGCGUUAGGGGAGGGAGGGGAAGGAAGGGGGAGGUGUUCUUCAGGCCUGGCAUUAUUUUGAGCCCGUUUCUGAAGUGCUGAGUAUUUGCAGCUCCUUUUGACUUCAGUACAGGUUGGGUUCUCAGCACCUCUGGAACAAAAAAAUCAGAACCCACUGUCUUAACUAGCUAUAUGAAGGAGUGUUCUGAGGAAAGAUUUCUUCUCCUGCUCAUCCGAAAUCACAUUCAGGGAAUCCUCAGGUCAUAUUUCAUUUAGCGUGGCAUUGGGCGUAGUCUCUGGGUACAUUAAACAAGCCAGAUUCCUACUACCUAUCUUGCUGGGUUGGAUACACCCCUGCAAUUUGACAUUAACCUCCUUGCUAAGACUCUCCUGCUGCACUGAGUAGACCUGGCUGGGCAGUAAAUGUGAGAAUGAAGGUUCACGUCAGGGGUCAGUUUUGCAAGGCCUUUAACUCCCACUCCAUCCCAAGAAUGCCUCUCCCGUUUCCUUGUUGGAAACAUCCCUCCCUCCUCCCUUUGUGCUGUCAGACGCUAGUGUAGAAAAAGGACACUGCCUUUUUAAGACUUCAUGCUUUGGGAUUAAAUAAAUGAUGUUUUUCCAAUGCUGCUUCAUUACGAAAACUGCUGAGGACAGAUUGAGCCAACACAAAAGGGGUGGCGGCUGGAAAUGAAAAGUGCUAUGCACACCACUAUUUAUAUGGCUGGUUAAUAACUCAAUAGCCAUAUAUUUAGAAUUGCUGCGCAUAGCACUUAGCCUCUCCUUUGGUACUUGAAUCUUCAGGGCACCAGCUCAUGCUGCACUGAGUGGCUGCAAUCAGCAGAGGUAAAUACAGCUGAGCUCUCUCUCUAUUAGGGUGCUCUGGAGCCAAGCAAUUGCUGGGGUUGUACGAGGGACGUGUCCUGAAGGAAGUGCAGAGCUAAAGCUGGGUAUUGCUGGAAACUAGAUCUGUACCCAGAGGUGCAAUAGCUCAUGUGUGCAACGUGAGUGUGGUAGCUCUGGUGAUCCCAUCUUACUCCUCUCAUGAUGGGCAGUUCUCGACAGCCCCAAACCACUGCAUGAGCUGAAAUGUGCCAGUCUCUGCUCAGGAAGGACUGGGUCAGUCUCUGCUGCAGAUCAGGAGAGAGAGGAUGGGCAGAGCUGCGGAGGGACCGGGAUGGAAACAGCAAGGGGUCCCUCAUGUUAACUUCCAUCUCCCGCACAUUGAAAGGAGGCAGGAUUUCAUUUGUGCUAGUGAACAAGAACCCCACGUGAGCAAUGGCACAUGGAUUCCAUUCCUGGCUUCCAUUAUGCUUGUAUGCACCAGCUAGCAUGGCAAGCAGCAGCAGAGAGCCCGCAGUGAGCUCAGAGAAAGGCAGUUGGAUUAGGAUGGUGCUUUGGCGGGGGGAGAGAAGGGUUACCUUAGACCCCGUAGCAGAGGUUCCUCUCUAGCAUUCUGCUCACAUUCAUGCCGCAGCAAUAUGAACCGUCCUUGGGGUCUGGCAGAGAUACUGUGAAAACAUAAUGAAGAUGUACCAAGUCUGGACACUUAACAGAAAUGUAAAAAUAAAACCCUGCUUUUAUAAUGGAGAGAAAUAAAGUGGAAUUUUCAAACAAA